UGAGUGAUGGCCAUAUGGGAUUCCUUAUAUUAUUCUGUCUACCUUGGUAUAUGUUUAAAAUUUUCCAUAAUAAAAUACAGAAAGUCAGCUCUUCAGUGAGCUUGAAAAAAACGGAGUGGGGGGGAGCAGUGGGUGGGGUUAUAGAUAAAACAAGAUGGCCUUCAGUUGGUAAUUGUUGAAGCUGGAUUAUACAUUCGCAUAGGUUUAUAAUAUUAUUCCCCCUACAUUUUUAUCCAUUUGAAAUUAUCCUUAAUAAAAAGUACUUUUAAAAAGCAAAAACAAAUUACUUUAUCAAACAAAAAUCGGGGUAAAUGUACAAUAAGGUAAAUUUGAAAAUGUAACCACAAGAAAGGAAAAAAACACUUGUACAUUAUUUAUCAGCUUUGGUGUCCUUUGUGUGUGAUAAAACACAUUGAUGGAAAAGAAAACGUUCAUCUCAUAUCUUUUUAUUUUAUGUCCUUUCCUGUCCCCUUGUUUGACCUUCUAGGCUACCAUCAGAAAAGCUAAGUUUGCUGAAUAGUGAGGAUCAGAUCUGAUCCUGAUUGCAGAACAUCCCUGAUUACAGAAUCCUGGGUUGUGUCUCCCACCUCAUCUCUCCAGACAUCCCAGAAGAUCUGUAAGAUUCCAUCUGGGAAAACACUAGGAGUUUUUGGAAGGGAAAGAAGGAAGAGGAUUACUGGUUGGAAUAAAAACAGGGUUGAAUGAGUUCCAGAAAGCAGGGUUCUCAAACUCGUGGACAACAAUCUGCAGACGAAGACAACUUCAAAAAACCAACUAGAAGCAACAUGCAGAGAAGUAAGAUGAGAGGGGCCUCCUCGGGAAAGAAGACAGCUGGUCCCCAGCAGAAGAAUCUGGAAGCAGCACUCCCAGGCAGAUGGGGGGGUCGCUCUGCAGAGAACCCCCCUUCAGGGUCCGUGAGGAAGACAAGAAAGAACAAACAGAAGACCCCUGGGAACGGAGAUGGUGGCAGCACCAGCGAAGCACCUCAGCCACCUCGGAAGAAAAGGGCCCGGGCAGACCCCACCGUUGAAAGUGAGGAGGCAUUUAAGAAUAGAAUGGAAGUUAAAGUGAAGAUUCCAGAAGAAUUAAAACCAUGGCUUGUUGAGGACUGGGACUUAGUUACCAGGCAGAAGCAGCUGUUUCAACUCCCUGCUAAGAAAAAUGUAGAUGCCAUUCUGGAAGAGUAUGCUAAUUGCAAGAAAUCGCAGGGAAAUGUUGAUAAUAAGGAGUAUGCAGUUAAUGAAGUUGUGGCAGGAAUAAAAGAGUAUUUCAAUGUGAUGUUGGGCACUCAGCUGCUUUACAAAUUUGAGAGGCCCCAGUAUGCCGAAAUCCUCUUGGCCCACCCUGAUGCGCCGAUGUCCCAGGUUUAUGGGGCGCCACACCUACUGAGAUUAUUUGUAAGAAUUGGAGCGAUGUUGGCAUACACGCCCCUUGAUGAGAAGAGCCUUGCAUUAUUGUUGGGCUAUUUGCAUGAUUUCCUAAAAUAUCUGGCAAAGAAUGCUGCGUCUCUCUUUACUGCCAGUGAUUAUAAAGUGGCUUCUGCUGAGUACCACCGCAAAGCCCUGUGAGGGUCUACUGACCACUCACUGUUAUGUCUGGUAUCUGUAAACACUCUUUUUGUUCUUAGUCUUUUUCUUGUAUAAUUGAUGUUCUUUAAAAUUGUUAAUGUAUAACAGGGCUUAUGUUUCAGUUUGUUUUCUGUUUUGUUCUAAACAGAAAAUAAAAGGAGUACAAGCUCCUUUUCUCAUUUCAAAGUUGCUACCAGUGUACGCAGUAAUUAGACAAAGAAGAAACAUUCAGUAGAACAUUUUAUUGCCUAGUUGACAACAUUGCUUGAAUGCUGGUGGUUCUAUCCCUUUGACACUACACAGUUUUCUAAUAUGUGUUAAUGCUAUGUGAAAAAAAAUGCCCUGAUUCCUAGUGCCAAAGGUUCAACUUAAUGUAUAUACCCGAAAACCCAUGCAUUUGUGCUCUUUUUUUUAUGGUGCUUGAAGUAAAACAGCCCAUCCUCUGCAAGUCCAUCUAUGUUGUUCCUUAGGCAUUCUAUCUUUGCUCAAAUUGUUGAAGGAUGGUGGUUUGUUUCAUGGUUUUUGUAUUUGAGUCUAAUGCACGUUCUAACAUGAUAGAGGCAAUGCAUUAUUGUGUAGCCACGGUUUUCUGGAGAAGUUGAUAUUUUAGGAAUUGUAUUUCAGAUCUUAAAUAAAAUUUGUUUCUAAAUUUCAAAGCAA